AACAACCGAAGUUCAAAAUGAAUUCCAUCUUCCUCAUCAUGUUGGUCGCUAUUGCAUCAACCGCCGCUUUCCCCGCCGACAAGAUCCCAGGAGACAAGAUCCCAGGAGACAAGAUUCCAGGAGACAAGACCCCGGCAGAAAAGACUCCUUCACUGUCAGGAAAGGCCCCCGCACCCAUCUGGGGUUGUGAUGACUUCAAGGUCAAGGGGGUCGCCUUUUCUCACCGUGGAUGUGAAGUUGAAUAUGAGGUCACCGAUGUUUCUAAGACAGGAGAUUGCCCUAAGAAGGAACUCCGCCGAUGUUGUAACAUGAAGGCUUCUCGGGCAGUCUCAUAUGGUGGAAACUGCACCAGCCCGCCAAAGAAGGCCUGAUACCCUUCGUCCAAAGGAGGGCCCUUCAACCUGCCGAUUCUUUCGAUUUCCCCUCUCCCGGAUCCACUUCAUAUUCAUACCUUGCGCUUAUCUUUUUUUUUGAAUUCCUCUUCUUACUCUCCUCUAUACAGGCUUUGCCUUAUUCAAAGGCUUUACCGUUUAUAAGUUUCACCCGAAGCUAGUUCUUCAAGCUCGUUGAACUAUUGUAUAUAUCUUUCGCAAUUAGCUCACAUGCAUCGAUGCUUUGCACACACUGUCCCUCACCCCUUCCUCUCGGAGGAGCCAGCUUGCACCCUUGUAGCCCUCACUCCUCUCUGUCAUACCAAAAGUGCACUUUUCUGUUUCGUUUUUCAAUACAAGCUACCUGUAGCAGCUAAGACUCAGUAAAAAAAUGACCAAAAAUG